AUGCCGGGAAAUAUCUCUAUAAACGAGGUUUCGGGGAAGGAGUUUGAUUUUAUCAUUGUUGGUAUGUGCGACGUGACGGCAGGUCUGAGGCUAGCAGAGAAGCUCUCGCGGGAGACCCAGCUCAGUGUCCUGGUGCUCGAUGCAGGAGAUAUCAGCUUGGGCGAUUCACAAAUAUUAAUGCCCGCGAAAUAUGGCUCCCACUUUGGCCAGGAACAGUAUGACUGGAAUUUCCGAACGACUCCGCAGAAAUACAGUAACAACGUUCGAUAUCCGUGGCCUAGGGGCAAUGUCCUCGGUGGAAGCUCCGCAAUAAACUUUUACCUUUGGACAAAACCUCCCAAGGCAGACAUUGACGAUUGGGAACAGCUCGGUAACCCCGGCUGGAACUGGAAGUCCUUUCAGAAACAUGUCCAGGAAAUUGAAGGGUACCAGCAACCCGCAGCCAAAUCUAGUGCAGCCCAUGGCUUGAACUUUCGAGACUGGGAUAUCGGUACCGAGGGCCCUAUCAAGCUCUAUCAUCCGGCGACAAUUUCCCGGCCUGAGCUCAUGGCUCAUGAGACUCUGCAGAGACUCAAUGUCCCGAAGGCGCGUGCGCCGGUGAGCGGGGAUCCGAAGGGAGCGUAUUUCACACCCAAAACCAUUGACCAUCAAGGAUAUAUCAGAAGCUAUGCGACUACUGCUUUCUACCUCCCUUAUAUUGACAGAACUAACUUCAAGGUGUUAGCUUGUGCUAAUGUUACCAGACUCAUAACGUCGGGCAUAGACAUGCUCACUGCAAAUGCGGUUGAGUUUACUCACAAAGGCGCCACACAUACCGUGUAUGUGUCAAAGGAAGUGGUCCUUUGCGCAGGAGCCUUAAGGUCCCCCCAAGUUCUGGAACUUUCAGGAAUAGGCAGGCGCGAUGUUCUUGAGGCCAUCGGUGUACCUCCGAAACUUGAUUUACCUGGCGUCGGGGAGAAUCUACAGGAGCACAUGUACUGUGGAAUGUCGUUUGAGCUAAAUGAUGACGUCGAGGACCUGACCUUGGACGUAUUACGUGACUCUGACUCUCUCAAGGAACAUAUGGAACUUUACAAGACAAAGGAGGGUGCAUUCAUGCUUGGCCCCACGGCUCUUGCAUUUACCCCUCUGCGUGCCGUGUCAACGCGGGCCGAGGAGAUAUACGAAAAGGCUCGGAAAAAGAUCGACGACGAAUGGGACAAAUACCCGGAGGGUUUGCGGCAACAGUACAAGAUCCAGCUGGAGCGUCUCGACAGUGAUAGCCCUGCUUGCGAGCUCAUCGCUUUCCCUGGGUUCCUGAGUGCACCAAAUCCACCCGAGCCCGGAAAGAAGUAUAUCACGCUUGCGUGUGCACUAAACCAUAACUUCUCGAGAGGCACCACCCACUCCGUAUCGUCCGACCCCAGGGACCACCCCGCUUUUGAUCCACACUACUUUGAACACGACAUCGAUCUUCAAACGUUCGUAGAGCUCGCCAAGUUUGUCCGGAGAUGGAGUCACACCAAGCCACUCGCCACAUUAAUCAAGAAAGAAGUCAACCCCGGCAAUGAUUGUAUGGAGGAUCCUCAACUUGCUGACUGGAUCAAAAGCACUUUUUCGAGCACCUUCCACACUGCAGGCACUUUAACGAUGGUGCCUAAGGAAAGAGGCGGCGUGGUUGACUCAAACCUCAUGGUAUACGGCACCACCAACAUCCGUGUUGCUGACUUGUCCAUUGUCCCGCUUCACAUUGCUGCACAUACUUUAUCGGUUGCGUAUGCAAUUGGUGCUCAAGGUUAG